AUGGGCGCGUCAUCCGAAGAUGAAGCGCAGUUAUUAAUUCAACAAGCUGAGCGCAGCGGAGAUACCACAACUCUGACACGACUACAUUUGGAAGGGCACCCGGGUGCUGGGCGAACGCUGCUGACGGAAGGGAGGCUGCAAGCGCAGGAAGCAAUCAACUCAGAGCCGCCAGCAGCAUCUGCGUCGUCUCAUAUGGUUUGCGUCACGGAGCGUGGUGAAGGUGCACAGGGCAUGUGUGGAAUCUGCAGCAGAGACUUCUUCUUGACCGAACUUCUUGGUGUUCGUACCUGUCCACGCCUCUUGUGCAUCGAUUGCACACUACAUCUUCCCUGCCCGGAGUGUGGACGGAAACAUGAGAUUAGGGAUCCUGGUCCGCAUCUGAAAGAUUUGGGAAAGGACAGGUUGCACAUCAUUGUCUCUCGGAGAAGUCCCGAUGCCAACGCCAGCCAGAAGCUGCUUGUACUCUUCGACCUGAGCGGCGUUCUUUGCUGGUCGCCUCGGGAUGGCAAGAAAUUGGAGCAGGCUGCCUCGAGGCCCGUAGAAAGACCGAAGGGAAAGAAUGAGAAAACUUCCUGGUUGUACUUCCGACCCGGUCUACAAGAGUUGCUAACGUUUUUAGAGCGUCAAUUUGACCAUGCAUUGCUGGAGUUUGGCAUCUACUCGACUCGGAUCUUUGCCAACGCCGGGGUCGAUCUACGGCUCAUUCUUUCACAUUGUCUUCGCGAAGUGGACGAAGAGGAGUUGAGCGCUCAGUCAAGGAAAGAGGCACGGGAUAAGACGCCCGAUGAUUCAGAUGAUGUCUUUCACAAAGUGAGGUACCGCUCUCGAGGUCGAGAGCGGUUCUUGUGGUUUUUCACUCAAGAAGAUUGCGAAGCAGAUCCUGGAAACAGUGCCAUUUAUCCAAACACGGGUGACCGGAGCUACGUCUUCAGCACCGAUGUGGCGGCGAAGGCCGGGCGGACGUCUGAUGCCCUUCUCUACGUGGCUGGCAAUCAGAGGAAGUUCACUCUCCUGAAACAAGAGCAACUAGGACCCGGAGUAGGCCCUUAUUUCUGUUUGUUGAGGUUUGGGUUCCCUUAUAAUCCCCUUAAAACUAAAAAAGGGCCCCCUUCUGAUUCCUAG